ACGAUUCUCGUCAAACUCAAAACGUAGCCUGGUUUCUGCUAUUCCUCCAGUCUGAGUAAGAGUGGCCUACGCCCUUUUCCUUUUAGAACACCUGCACUGGGCAGGACAAGUCAGGAAAAAAUAUUGAGAUCACACGUUGAGUAGGCUAUCGUUUUUUUUGUUGUUAUCGAUCAAAUCUAGCUAUGCACGUCAGUAUAGGUUUGUGUUAUUAACUAUACUCAUCAAUAAACGACAGUCUUCAGAAAAGGUAAAGGCUUCGUAGUUCCGGGUUUAGGAAUUUCCACUGGGAAAAUGAACGUUGACAUCGAGUUACAGGACUGUGUACAAGAAACCGUCUGCAACGGCCACCACGAUGAAUAUGCCAUGGAUCAGAUUCGUCCAGGCAAUAGUGACAGGCUGACCAACAACACACAUGAGCCAAUGGAGGAACAACCCUUGCUUAAUCCUGUACAGGACCCUGUUUCUGAAGUGGGUCAUCACAACACUAGCUUAGAGGUCCGCCAAGACAACACUACAGUCUGUUCGGAGCCUGCCAUUGGAAAGACCUGUGCUGCCCACAGACUGCGGAAGCGGUUGAAUGCGAAGGUGUUGGGUAAUCUCAGACUCUGGGGUGUCAUCCUCAUCCUCAUUUUCCUCAUCGCCGCUGUGAUUGGAGCCUCCAUUGUUUUCUGUUCAGUGAUCCAUAAAGAUUUGGAUGAGACCUAUGAUUCAUCUUUGUUUGUGCUGCCGCUCUGCUUCAACGGAAGCUUCCAACUGACCAAUCAGGUCUUCACGCCGGAACUGCUCUCCCCAGCAUCAAACCAGAGCAGGUUCCUGUCCAGCCAACUAAAACAGAAGUUGACAGUGCUUUACAGCUCAUCUCCAGCCCUGGGCCGAUACUUCUCCAGCGCUGGAAUCUCUUCCUUCAGAAAUGGUUCUGUGAUUGUGGACUACUGGCUUCGCUUCCUUGUGCCCGUUGACAAUGCUGAGUUGCAGCGGUUCACUCUGAGUAGAGAGAUGGUGCUUAACGUCUUCAGACAGUCAGUCUAUGACCAGGAGCCUGAGACAGAGCACCCCCUGGACAUACUCCCGUCCUCACUGGACAUGCAGGUUGCCAGAGGUGCAGGUGACAGUGAAUCAGCGGCGAGUAGUUGAAGGGACAGUUUGUGUUGAAUGUCACAGCACGAGGACGAGCAGAGCAAAUGAUUCAUCUGGAUGUCUGACAUAAAUGCAGAACCAACCCAGACAAACAGAAGGAAUAGAAGAAAUCUAAUCUUACCGGAUAGUCUGGUAGUGGAACUUGUGUUGCUAGUAUAUAUAGUAAAAUACAGCUGAAUAAGCUGUGCACAAAAAAGUUCUAAUCAGCAGUAGUAGAUAGAUGUGUUUUGGCUCAGAAAAUGUUUCUGAAGGUUCUGUAAAGAGCCAUGUACAUAAGGAUCUAAGUGGAACCUGCAUGGUGCCUUUUCACCAUUUUCUGUAUAAAAACAUUGUGUGCACUGCACCAAAAUUCGAUGUUGUGCUAUCACUAUUUGUUUCGAGUUAUUUUUUAUGGAGAACGUUUUAUGAAAAACGUUUAUGGAGAACAUAAUUUCAAUUAACCAAUGAACAACUGAACUCUGAGGCUUCUCCUGAGCAGCUGGGGUUACCUGGGAGAAUUAUGAACUAACUGGCAUAGGGUCAUAUGUUACUGUUUCAUGACUGUAGUCAUUUAUCAUAAGUAAUGGAAAAACUCACCCCAAGAUACUGUAAUUAUUACUUAUUACAACCUGUAAGUUUGUUUAUAUCACAAAAUUAGCAAAGAACAUUUUUGUGAACUGUAAAUAACCAUUAGUCUUGUAGAACCAUAAAAAACCUGUGAAGAAUCUGUCUUUUUAGUGUAUGUAUCAACUUGUCUAACAUGAGUACUAUGUUAAAACCGCAGUUUUGAAUGUCUUUUUUGUUAAUUUAAGCAGUAAUAAGUGGAACUGUAUUUUAAUCUUGUGACUUAAAAUGUAAUGUUUUGGUGCUCUGGUUUCUCCCUAGUCGGUUAAGAUCUCUCCCUAUCGCUACCAGUCCUACUGUGGUACUCAAACCUACUUACUUACAAUUUAUUCCUUAGUAAUUCAGUAGAUGAACAAACUGUUAACCUGCAAGCCAAUAAUUUUUUGUUAUGUUAAGUUAUUUUCAGCUGGUGAUUCUGGCUAUGGCUAUGCUUCACGUGACUAUGCGCUAAGAGGCACUAAUGUCUGUUUCUCUUCAACAUUACUGUCAGUGUCCACUAGGAGGUGCUAAUUGACAGUUUUUCUGUAUGUGGGUUGAUUGUGUCUGGAUCCUCUGCAGAUCUUUUUGUCUGUGAACACUCUCAAACUGAUAUUGAGAUGGAAUGUUAGCUUUUGUUCAAAAAUAUAAAUAAAAGUACUUUAUUUACAAUUUAUAUUAAUUCACUGUGUAAAAUAAAAGUAUAUAUUCCUGUUAUGAUUUUGCUGUAUGUCUCUGCUGUAACGUUAGAUAUUGUGGGCUUCCUAUAAUGUAAUUUUAACUAUAAUGUACAUAAACUUUAUUGCAGAAUGAACAAGUUAGCUAAUAGGCUCUUAUUAGCUUCCUGCUAACAUAAUAUUGUUGUUACAGAUUAGCAUGAAUGUAAAACAUAGCGGUCAUUAUGGACCUAUUACUAUCUCUAGGUUUCUCAGACUUAACCAGAGAUCAACCAGGGCUGCUGAAUGGACAGUUUCUGAUUUACACAAUUAACACAAUUAAGAGAAGUAAAAGGAUAAUCCACUCACAGAAAGAUAGAUCAUGAAACUCCUUAAUUUGGUAAAAGCCUAUGUUUUUGUAGUGGGUGAAAUAUUUUUCUAGGAAUUAGCUUUGCAUGCAAAAUUAAAUUGUCUGCCAGGUAAUCAAAAACCUGAAGAAAUAUUGGCAAACCUGUGGGCUGUGAAAAUGUGUGUCCUCAUGUAGAGUAAACAAAAGGUUGGGAGUGCUGAAUGUCAUCAUGUGUGAGAUCAGGUAUUUUGAGACUAUGCCAAAAUUUGCAGUGUUUCCUGGGAAAACAGUCUCUGAAAAUGAGGGAUCAUUGUCUUCAAAUUAAAUAAAGCUUUAAUGCAGAUCCUCCGUGAUACUUCAGUAAAACAAAUUAAAUCCAGUCUGUGUAUUUUGAAGUGCCUUGCAUUUAUUGGGGACUAGAUUAGCAGAACAUGACUUGGCACAUUAUUAUACUCUCCCAUGUGUGUUUUUGUAUUGUAGCAGUAUAACGAUUGUUUUGACCCUAGGGUGAAAGCUGACCUGAUAAACAUUGGCUUCAAGUUUUUAUUUUGUCUGAUCAACUGUUUCUCUGGUACCGACAUCUGCCCUGUUUUUGGACAAGCAUGUGCCUUUUCUCACCUCUGAUAAGUCAACCGUCUCGUAAAUGUUACAUUGUAACUAGACAAUGAUACAGUUUAGAACUGUAACAUUAUGUUCCUUCACGCAUACUGCUAUUAUUUUAAUGAAAUUAAUCCAGUGGCUCUCCUUGAAUCCUAAUUCUUAAUCUGCUUGGUGGAUCUUUGUGGCAACAUUGUGUCACCCUUUUUGCCCAUGCUGAUCUGGUAGGAAUGAUGCAAAGAUGAAUCAUAUGUUCUUUAAUCAGAUUAGUGACUAGAUGACUGCAGUGGCUGCUGGUUAAUAAGAUGCUGGCAGAACAUGAGGUAGCAGUGCUGUUUCCAUGCUAUAGCCUAGUGUCUAGUAUGAAAGUACUGAAAAUACCCUUAAUGUUUGCCCUGCAGUAGUGGAGUACUCUGCAGAAUGAGCUCUGGAAUGCUAAAAAGACAUGUACAACAUAAAAAAUAUAUUUCCGGAGGUUUUGCAGGAGGACAAACUACUCUUCUUUUUCUCUUUCUAUCACUUAUUUGCCUCCUCCCCUUUCUUUCCCUCCUUCACCUACUCAGACCGUCUCCUCGUUCUCCCCCUUCCUCAUCUUUCUUUUCCUCAUCUUCCUCCCCCUCUUUGUCUCCCCUUCGUCCUCUUAUCCUCACAGCCUUUUCUCUUUCCUUGCCUUCCGCUUCUUCAGCUUCCUUGUGUUAUUUCCAUCUGUCUUCUCAUCCUCUUUAUUUUUUACCUCUCGUUCUCCGAUCUUCCCUUCCUCUUUCUCGUCUUCCUCCUCAUCCUGUCCUCCUUGUUGUUGACCUCCUUUGGUUUAUUAAGCUGCUCUGUGUUCAUUAAGCAGCCAGGAAAGAAGGAUGCAUCUAUCUCUCUUUUUUAAUCAGCUUUGUAUUUCUAGGAAACAUUCACCACUUCGUUGAAGGGUACCUCGCAACCCAGUUUUUGGGUUUGCCCCCUCCCUUACAUAUUUAAAAUAAAUAUGAAAUGCGUUCAGGUCAAAAUCGAUGGGUUGGGGCAGGUUAAGUGAGACAGGAAUGAGAGGGAUACAUUAUUUUGUGCCAAGAGAAAGAUGCACGACUGGACCACCGUCUUGCUGUAACCUGAACCCCUCCAUUGAGAUGCAGAAUCAGCCACAUUUGCACAUUUCAAAGGCAGAGUUGAAACGUUAAGAACCAAAUAGAGCUCGAUUUACUACCAAAGACCUUCACUUUCACAUUAGUAUAAAAAUAGAGACCAGAAUAUAUGUUUCGCUAUAAAAAAAGAAGUGAUUUUUAUUGGUAAUUCCUCUUUCAGCAUCUCUGCGCCUCCCUGACACAGAUACCGACAAUGACGUGUCACUUAAACCUAAAGUAAAAGUUAAGCUGACUCAAGUGUUGAGCAGCCUUAUAGUCCAUACCCAGUGAGGAUGGAUGGCUGAGGAAGAAAGCAGGAGAGUCGAUAGAUUUGUUAGUAACACAACAGCUUUAAGUUUGCAGAAAUUGUCUAGUAAAAAGCAUGUUGAUACACCUGCAAAACAAUUGGAGAAAUCCUGAUUGGUGAAUUAUAUGGAUGAACAUAACUAUCAGACACUGAAUCUGCAAGAAAUCACUUUUUUUUCCCGAAUUAACCAUGUAACCUAUUUUUUAAAACAUCUUAAAUUCUAUUUCUGAAGCCAGAUAUUUGCUCAGACACCUUAGCAGGAGCUGAUACCACCAGAAGGAGGUGCAGGAGCGCAGUGACACUAGGAAACCCCUGCUGACUCAACUAGCCUGUGGUGGUUAGCUUGAUGCUGUGAAAACAGCCUCCCACCACUGUGCCACCUAAGAGGCUCUAUAUUCCUAAGAGGAACACGCAGUUUGACUUGUAUACUAAGCAUAUGACUUGUUUCCCCAUAUCUGUACAAC